CUGGACAACCUCAAGGGCACCUUUGCUAAACUCAGUGAGCUGCACUGUGACAAGCUGCACGUGGAUCCCGAGAACUUCAAGCUCCUGGGCAACGUGCUGGUGUGUGUGCUGGCUCACCACUUUGGCAAAGAAUUCACCCCUCAGGUGCAGGCUGCCUAUCAGAAGGUGGUGGCUGGUGUGGCCAAUGCCCUGGCUCACAAGUACCAUUGAGAUCCUGGCCUGUUUCCUGGUGACCACUGGAAGACCCUGUUUCCCUAAAUUCUAUCUUCUGAACUGGGGGAAAUAAUGUCCACCAUCAAGGGUAUGGUUUCUGCCUAAUAAAGAACCUUCAGCUCAA